AUGGAAAGAGAAGUCAAGUCUGGGAAGUGGGACUGGGUCGUUUGGGCAGACUGCGACACUUACUUCAUGAACAUGAGCAUUACUGUGGAGAGCAUCCUCUUCACCUAUGCUGGAAGGGACGAGAGCGGUGAGCUCACUCUGGAUCCAGAGGUGCAUAUGAUUGUCAGCGAAGACAGCGCCAUGCUCAACACGGGCAUCUUCUUCGUCAAAGGAACCAGAUGGGCCGAGCAGCUCUUUGAGCGAGUCUGGGGUGGGGAUGAUUCUCCAUGGAUCAACCAUCCUUGGUGGGAGAACGCAGCAAUUGCCUGGCAGUUCCUGAAGGACAACCCUCGGAAGUUUGCGUCGGAAGAUUUGGAGGAGUGGGCAGCCAAAGGGGAAGAUGACCUUCAUGGUGUCUAUCCGCCGGAAGUUCGAGUCGCCCCUCAGUCCCACUUCAACUCCUACCAUCCGAUAACGUCCCGCUUCCAGCAUGACACCUGGGAGGAGGGCAAGUUCGUGAUUGCAUUCAACGGCGUGUUGAGUGCAAGCAGUCCCACAGUGGUACUUGGCCUGUUUGCGACCGGCGUCAGCGGAUUUCCCAUCACGUCCUUGGAGCUGACGAAGGAUCAGUUUGCAAAGCUGAACUCCACUGGUCCUCGUGACGGGUUGGCAACAUCGCUACUUCUGCCUCAUUUAAGUGCUUUCUUUAAGCAGGCAGAAUCAGCUAUCAAGAUAGAGUCUGGAGACAUUAUCAUUGAAGAGCACUUCCCUGACACAACCAUCGACGAUGACUGCAACCACAAGGUCGAGGCACUCAAUGGCCAUGCCAAGGGCGACAUCAAAAACUCAAGCUUCUUGACGGGAGGCCUGAAGGUUUCGUGGAAGUCUGUCUCGGUGUUCAUCGAUGCAGAGCUUGAUGCGAUUUUGGACAUCGGCGGUGAUGUCCGUGUUCGCAUCGGGAAGCACAUCUUUGGACACCACUGCACUCAGCUUGCCAGGAAAACGAUGGGCCUCAGCGUCGACUCUGAUGGCCAGAACGGCGUCGGCAUCAAUAUGACAGCCAGCAACGCCCACUUGGAGUAUCUGAACAGCACAUGGUACCUUUCCUUCAACUUCCAUGCUGAUGUUGUUGGAACCGUGCUGAAGUGGAAUGUUGACAAGAUCACUGCAGAUGGCUGCAAGAUCAAGAUUUUGGGUAUCGAGAUCGCAUCGGUGUGCGGCUACGUGGAGAGGCAUGUGAAGGACAAGCUACAGUCGCUUCUGAACACGGUGGAGAGGAUUGAUGCUCCAAAGAUCUUGAAGAAGGUGGAAGACAAGAUCAACACCGCGAUCGGCUCCACUGUGAGGAUUCCUCUCAAGUUGGCCGGUCAGACGAAUACACUGGUCAUGGUAUGA